GCGUACUUUCCUCAGAGAGCAAAUGGAGAAACUUUCAAAAUCAUGAAGCUGCUCCGCAUUAUUUGCAUAGUUUUAUGAGAAUAAUAUUUCUUUUAUCUUCUAAGGGAAAACUCCAAUUGUGUAGGCAUCAUUCCUCAGACCAGUUCCUUGCAAGAGAGUAAUGACUGCGGGGUUUCUUCAGAAAACUUUCCUAAGAAAGCGAAUUCAUCUGAAGAAAAACAUGAGAAUGUUAAUCGGACUGCAAUUAAAUCGGAACGACCCUCUAGAAAGCGGAAAGCAAAAUGUGAUCCCCUUGCGGCAAGAAAACGAACCGAAAACGAGAGCAGGGUAAGUAAAUGUUUAAGUGAUUGAGUGUUCAAACUUUCGUUUGCAUAAGCUUAUCAAAAUUUCCAAUUGGUGAAAUAAACAUUGUACUGUUUAUCGUACUCGCGUAUAAAGAGCAAAAUACAAUAUAGUAAUCCAAUACUGACUUCUGACAAGGAGAAAGUUGCUGUAUAAUUAGAAAGCAGGAGGUGAAUAUCAAGCAUCAGUUUCACACCAACUGAGAAAGUGUAUUUGCCCUUCCAUAUAUUCUUACAGGAAUCUCUCGAGAAACAAGAUGGACAUUGUAGCAGUUACAAAUUAUCAAGGUAAGUAACAAAAAAAACUUUGAAAAUUGCAUCUAAUGAAAGGAAAACUAACACUGUUGUUUUGUUUUUUUAACUUAACAGAAAAAGGUCGAGUUGUGCGGAAGCCAGGCGUCAGGGUAACUCACCACAAGAAAAUAAUAUCAGUGAAGAAUUGCCCGAUUAUGAGGCUUAUGAGGACCCUGAUGAGCCCGAGUGGUUAAAAGAUUGUCAUUCUCCAUUAUGGUCUCCAAGUUAUGAGCCAAACUACGGCAGUUAUGUGGAGGAAGUUAAAAAUACUGAACCUCCUGACUACAUCAAGGAACUGGCCUCUUCUGAUGGUAUGUUCAUUCCAUUUUUCCCAUUACAGGAAUUAAAUCCUUCCUUUUCCUGAAUUGAUUUUUUUCCUAUGGGAGGUGGAAGCAGUCACGGGCAAUUUCCUCCAUAUUUUAUAACUACCUCAUCGGUCAAGAAAAAAUUGAUGAUUUUCCACAAUAUGACAGCUCUGUUAAUCUCAAAUGUUAGUAAGGCGCUAGUGACGGACCUCUCCUCCUUACCCUACCCUUACUGGAAAAUAAUGUUUACGCCCACGCCAGCUAUUUCUUAUGUCUAAGCCGCUGAGUUCGUGCUCAAUAAUUUGUGAAAAUGGUAUUUAUGAAGCUUAUGAAGUUGACGGUUAUUCAGUAUCAAUAUUUCCUCAUAGUUAUUUUAAUAAUUGUUGGAAAAUACUUCUUGCGAUAUUCAAUUAAUCGAUUGCUCAUUUCGUUUUUUGCUCCAAUUUCAGCUGAUCUUGCGAAAUACGAGAUAGGAAAACUCCUUGGAUCUGGUUCAUUUGGUCAAGUUGUUGCUGCGACUCGCAAGUCGGAUGAUAAACCAGUGGCGCUUAAGUUUGUAAAGAGAAGUUCAGUGCAAGAGUUUAAAAAGCUGAAAGGAAGAGAAAUCCCGGCUGAGGCUUAUCUGAUGAGUUGUGUGCGUCACCCAAACGUCAUCCAAAUCUACCAGCUCAUCUUCACAGAAGAACAUUACUGUUUUGUUAUGGAACGACCAGAAUCCUGCAAAGACUUUUUUUACGUCAUACAGGACCGUAACUCCGCAGGAAACCCACUGUCAGAAAAAGAAGUGAGACGGUACUUCACUCAGAUCUUGGAAGCUAACAUCAAAUGCGAAGAAAAAGGUGUUAUACACCGCGAUAUCAAGCCUGAUAAUAUUUUGCUGGAUUUGACAAAUGAUGAAGUGAAGUUGAUUGACUUUGGGUUGGCAUCUGAGAUACAAGAAGAGCCUUUUGAUAGCUUUAGAGGUACGAAACACUACAUGCCCCCUGAAUUCAUGAAGACAGGCAAAUAUGACGGUUGCGAGGCAACUGUGUGGGCGAUGGGAAUCCUCUUGGUCGAUAUAUUGUCACCAGUUAUUUCUGCAUUUGAAAAACCACAACAUUGUCUAAGUAUGGAGCCCAGAAUACCUCGACACUUUUCAUCAGAGGUGAAGAACGUUGUUUAUAUGUUGUUGAAUCCCGAAGCAGAUCAACGACCAACUCUUAAACAAGUUCUCCAGCAUCCAUGGUUCUCAAUGGAAGUCUAAACUCCUCUCUGUAUUAUGGA